CUCUCUUUCUUUCACUUUACUCAAGUACCGCACAACAAAUACACACAUACAAAAUACAAAGAAAUUUUAAAUAAAUUUAUCAACCAUGCGUUCCAAAUUCAAAGACGAGCAUCCUUUUGAGAAGAGAAAGGUAGAAGCCGACCGUAUCAGACAAAAAUACCCCGACCGUAUUCCAGUUAUUUGUGAAAAGGUCGAAAAGAGCGAUAUCCCAACCAUCGAUAAGAAGAAAUACCUCGUACCUUCAGACCUCACCGUGGGCCAGUUUGUAUACGUUAUCCGAAAGCGCAUCAAGCUAAGUCCAGAAAAGGCCAUUUUCAUUUUCGUAAAUGAAAUCCUCCCUCCUACCGCAGCUUUGAUGAAUUCAAUUUACGACGAACACAAAGACGAAGAUGGCUUCCUUUACAUCACUUAUUCUGGUGAAAACACUUUUGGGUCUCUUCUGGAGUAGUAGGCGGGUCAUUUUUUACAUACAUCUUUUAAAUCUGUCUUUUCUUUUCUUUAUUCUCGUUUCGUCUCCAACCCCCUCUAUCUCCUUCUCCCUUCUUGUACAAAAAAUCUCCCCCUCUUUUUUUUAAAGGAAAAACCCCCAUCCAAUUCAAUUCGAUUAAACUCAAUGCAAUUUAAUUCAGUUCAGUUCAUUUCAAUGAUAAAAAGGAAAAAAAAAAUCCGUGUGCCAGAUAGAUAGAUGUACAGAUAGGUAGAUAAAUUCAUGCAAUCAAUCAUGCGUCAGUCAAUAUUGUGUAUUGUUUUAAAAUGUUGUUGUUGUUGUUGUUGUUGCUGUUGUUUUGUUUAAUGGUUUAUUACAAAUAAAGUAAUAAAACUAUACGACAGACGGCAAGGUUGGUCAAGUAGCAGAAGUAACUGCUUAAAGACCCAACUUGGUGUGGCGCCAGUUGCGACGCUUGGCGUUCCAGCGGAUCUUGGUGUCAGUCUUAAGACGGAACCAGUGGGGGAGAGGGCGGUUCUGCUUCUGGGCCUUGCCAAGCUUGACCUUGGUUCUG